UGUCAAUCUCCGUGUGUUGUUGUGAUUGUCGCUGCGGGAAACACAAGCGAUCCAUCCGCCUCCAACAAUACGGACCCAUCCGCAUCCCGCCGAGGAACCACCUUUUGUUUGGUGUGAAUCGCGAUCCCACAAGUCCGCAGACUAUAAACGUCAUGAAGCUGCUAGCCGCAUUCUCGUUUCUGGUGGCCGCCGUCUCGGCCAACUCCUGGGCAUCGGCACAUCGCGAGAGGGCAGCCCAAACGGCUUACGUGGGUAGGCUGAUGCGUGGGGCGGUACCCACCAACAACUCACAGCUUCGUCGUCUCGAACAGAACAACGGACAGAAUAUGAACUACGAGAUUGACAUUUCCGGAUACUCGGUCAAGUUCGAGCAAUGCCAGUUGGUGAAAUCCUUCGAUGAGGACCUUGCUGGACAAGAGGACGCUUCCACCGUUUUGGCGACCAAGCGAUUCGCCAUUUUCCGCCUCUGUCCCAACAAUGCCUGUAGCAGCUGUAACUACAACUACGGAGAAUACCUCGUAGAUCUCGAUACAUACCUACAGGCUACGGUGGAAUAUUUGAAGGACUACCAGGAAGAAAUGUGCAACACGUGUAACGAAUGCCAGAAUACUAAUGACGAUCAAAACAACGGCGGCCGCCAACUCCAGAACAACCAGAACUACAACGUCGACUGCUCUACGUGCUACACCGAAUGUCAGAAGAUUGCCAACAUGGAGACCAAUGGAUACCUGGAUGCUACCAACUUUUUGGAGUGCCAAUUGAUUUACAGUCCCCAGGACGAUUCCGUUGCUGACUUGUACGCCGGACCCAUCUGCGCCAGUCAAGGGUCCAAAAUCAAGAUUGGUGUCUUUACGGACCAGUACUGUACCGACCUCGAUGCUAGUAAGGAUCCCGAUGACUAUCUCGUCAGUGAACAGGGAACCCAAAUGAAGCUCUCUCACGCCCUUUUGAAAUUGACGUACAUGGACACAUGCAUCUCCUGCAAGGAACCCCAGAAUGCCAACAACAACGACCAAGGUAACGACGCGCAGGACGCCGAUGAUGUCAUCGAAAUGUGUGAGACAUUAUACAACUCUGGUGCCAAGUGCGAAACCACACAUGGGUUCAACAACGGUGUCUCCAACUACAACGGAUACGAAAACCAGUUGGCACAGGAAGAAGUGGUAUGCGACUUUGUCCAAUCCCUGAAAUCUGGAACUUACGAUGAGUCGGGCGAGAUCAUUGUAUCAGGCGCCUCCAGCUCGAUCGGCGGAGGCAAUUCGACAACGGGCGGACAAAAAUUCGCCCUGUGUUUCUUUAUUCUCGGAACCAUUGGAUUGGCAGUCUACGCCGGUGUAUUGCACUCCAAGCUAACGAAGGGUAGCGUCAAUUUUUCCUCCAACGGUGGAAACCUUGCAUAAUUGCAUUUUCUGGCCUUUAUCACCCAUUCUCUUGUUUCUUUCCUAUAUAUCCCGUUAAAGUAAUACCAUUCUUCUAUAAUAUUAACACAUUGUUAAU